GACGGCCCAAAUAUAUCUCGCCGCGGCCCAAAAGCCCUAGCCGCCGUCCGCCGCCUUCUUCGUCGCCGUCUUCUCGGAACUUCGGCGCGUUGCGUUCGAGGAACGAAGAGCGCCAUCGCACAGGGCACAUCCCCUACCCCUAGGAGUUGGCUCCAACUUGGUGGUGUGGCCUCUUGCCGGUGAGCCUUGGCAGAUGGGGAGCGAUGGAAGGGGGGAAACGUGAUUAGCAUCCGACAGCAAUGGCGAAGCAUCAUCCUGAUCUCAUCAUGUGCCGGAAGCAGCCCGGCAUUGCGAUCGGUCGCCUGUGUGAGAAAUGUGAUGGCAAGUGCGUCAUCUGCGACUCAUACGUGCGCCCAUGCACGCUUGUUCGGGUCUGCGAUGAGUGCAACUACGGCUCAUUUCAGGGAAGGUGUGUGAUCUGCGGAGGAGUCGGCAUCUCAGACGCCUACUACUGCAAGGAGUGUACCCAGCAGGAGAAGGACAGGGAUGGUUGUCCCAAGAUUGUCAAUCUUGGUAGCGCCAAGACUGAUCUCUUCUACGAGCGGAAGAAAUAUGGGUUUAAGAAGAGAUGAUUGAGAGGAGGGAGUUGCUGGGUUCUAUUGGCCCCAUGUGUUCUGUCGCACUGAUACUGAGAGUAGGCUGCUGAGGCAGCAGCGUUGUAUCCAUAUUAUUAUUUGAUAUUGAUGUUAGUAUACACCCCUGAUAUGCUUUGUAAUAACUAGUUCAACUGUAUGGUUAAGACUACAAAGACUGCUUAAUGCAUAGUAUGCAACUUGUGCUUGAUGGUUA